GUUUCCGGACGACCUUAUUUGCCGUGCGGACUGUGUGAAUGUAGGUUUGAAUUGUGCAUAAACUACAAGUUUUCUACCUUUUUUUUCGAUACUUUCACCUGAAACGAGCAAUGGCGGUGCCGGGUCCCAAUAAGGACAAUAUCAGAGCGGGAUGCAAGAAAUGUGGAUAUCCGGGCCAUUUAACGUUCGAGUGCCGAAAUUUUGUCCGGGUGGAUCCUCAGAAAGACAUCGUUCUGGACGUUAGCAGCACCAGCAGUGAGGACAGUGAAGAUGACGUACCUACUGCUCAACGCAGUGAGAAGCUGGGGCAUGGUGGCCAACAUCGUUCCAAUAAUGACAAGGAUGAUGAAAGGAAAAAGAGACAAAAAAGAAAGAAGAGCAAAGACCCAAAGUCAAGAAAAAGAUCUGAUUCAUCAAGUGAUGAAGCAACUUCCAAAAAGAGAAAGAAACGCAGCAGGUCAUCUUCAUCAUCUGACAGAGAAGAGAGGAGGAAGAAAAAGAAGCUGAAAAGCCAUAAGAAGAAGAGCAAAAAAACAAAAAAGGAGCACGGCAAGCACCACAAAAAGAGACAAAAGAAAAGGAAACAGGAAUCAUCGUCCUCUUCUAGCUCCAGUGAAUCUUCAGAAAGUGAUUAAAAUCAGCUGUGCAGCUUUUUAAAAGUGUUUGCAUGAUAUUUUACAACCGAAGCAGCUCAUCUGGUUUCACGAGUGUCCUUCCCUAAAGAAAGGCUUAUUAGAUUUAUUAGUUACACCAAAAUGCAUGUGAGACAGAAGUGGUUUUAUGAUGACACCAAUAGGGCACAUUUAAACAAGUGGCAGAAAUCUGACUGUUGACUGUUAAAGUUGUCCUUCAUCUGAGCUUUGUUGGUUGUUUUUUUUUUUGUUUGUUUUUUUUGAAGAGUUUUUUUGUUUUGUUUUUUUUUCCCCUCAGGGCCUCAUGUUGACUUAAAUUUUGUAUGUUUGGUCCAUAAUGAGUAGUCUUGACGGAGUGCUGUGUUACAACUCCCCCCAUCAGUUAUAGAUAGUUUAUUGAUAAACAGCUUUUAGUUCAUCAAACAAAUUGUUGUGUUAAGUUUUUUUUUUUUUUUUGGAUGCAGACUUAUUGGAUAUCUUCUAUGAAAUAUUGUGAGCAGUUACUCUGCCAGCAUCAAAUGUAAAAAGUGAAAUGUCACAACAUUUGUACUUAAGCCUGACUUAUUUUCUUUUUUCCAAAGGAAGUCCUAUUCAUUGUCAACACUACGUUUGCAUUAGUUUGACUUCAAAAAGUGUUUUUGUCAUGCCCAAUACUCUUGCUUAGGUGACUUUGUAAAGCAGAAAAAGUGAAGAUUUCAUUUGGUUGUACCUAAAGCAGUUGCCAGUUAAUAAUUUUCUUUCCACAUUUUGAGCUUCGUUUAAAGUAAUCAUUCCAGAAACAUGUAUGAUUUUAAAUUCUGUAACAUUUUCUGAGCUGAUCCUCACUGUAUAUGUUUGUUGUUUCAUCUUAACAUGUAUGGUUCUUUGUCUGAAGAAUAAAUCUAUAUUUUUA